AAAUGCAAACUAUUUACUUAAGGUGUGCAGAUACAGAUUCUCCAAUGAGUCCAUCAUUGCAGAUCAUGCAUUCUGUCAUAGCUAUUGCUCCUAAAUGUACUACACUUACUGAUCUAGGAUGCAAGAUGCAUAGAAGUGGCAACAAAACAUAUAUGUGCCAGGGCGGAUCAAUUGAAAGAAUCAAUAUGCAAUUCCAGAAGGUCCAACUUUCAGCUUCAUCUUAUGACACUGCAUGGGUAGCUAUGGUUCCUUCUCCAACUUCUCCUAACCAACCAUGCUUUCCACAAUGCCUUGAUUGGAUAAUAAAGCAUCAACAUUCUGAUGGAUCGUGGGGACUCGAUCACUUCCAACCCAUUCUUGUUAAAGACUACCUGUCUUCGACAUUAGCUUGUAUAAUUGCUCUAGAACGCUGGAAAGUUGGUCAGGAACAAGUCAGGAAGGGUCUGAACUUUAUUGGGAGUAAUUCUUCAUCCAUUUUGGAUGAGCACUUGCAGUCACCUAUUGGCUUCGAUAUUAUAUUUCCAGGCAUGCUUGAAUAUGCCAUCAACAUUGGUUUAGAUGUUCCUAUAGAACAUCAUGAGAUAGGUAACAUGCUCGGCCGACGAAAUGCAGAACUACUCAGAGAACAAGGAAGUUGCAACGCAAGAGAAGCCUACUUAGCAUAUGUUGCCGAAGGAUUAGGGAAUGCACACGACUGGACGAAAACUAUGAAAUAUCAGCAAAAAAAUGGAUCAUUGUUUAAUUCACCUGCAACAACUGCUGCUGCAAUGAUGCAUCAUUAUGAUUCUAAGGCACAUGAAUACUUGCAUUCUCUUCUAUUGAAGUUUGAUAGUUCAGUUCCUACAUUAUAUCCCAUGGAUGUGCAUACACAUCUUCAUCUUAUUGACAGUAUUGAAAAGUUGGGAAUAGCCGAGCACUUCAGACAUGAGAUAAAGAGCAUCUUGGAUAAAACAUAUAGAAGCUGGUUGCUCGAGGAGGAAGAAAUCUAUUCCGAUGUAGCCACAUGUGCCAUGGCUUUUCGCCUUCUUCGAUUGAAUGGAUAUGAUGUAUCUUCAGAUUGCUUAAGUCGUCUCAAUGAUGAGCACUAUUUUAACAAUACAUUGCAAGGAUAUCGGAAGGAUGUGAACGUGGUAUUGGAAUUAUACAAGGCAUCACAAAUUAAAAUAUUUCCCAACGAGAAAGGUUUAGACAAAUUAGCCUCCUGGUCAAGAAUGUUUCUGAAAGAAGCAUUAAUCACCAACCGAAAUCCCCCAAACCAGAUUGGUUUACAAGAGGUGGAUUAUGCUCUAGAGUUUCCGAUUUGGUCCAAUGUUGAACGUUUAGAGCAUAAAAGUACCAUUGAGAACUUCACUCUUGACAACUUGCAAGUUCUCAAAACUUCAUACAAGCGUUAUAGCAUAAAGGAUAGUGAUCUAGUGGAAUUGGCAUUGGGUUCCUUUGAAACUUCUCAGCAUAGAUAUCAGGAAGAACUCCAGAUGUUCAACAAUUGGGUGAAAGAUAACAAACUAGAUCAACUGGAAUUUGUCCGGCAAAGGAACAUUUUUUGUUAUUUUUGUGCUGCUGCAAUACUUUUCACUCCUCAAAUGUGCGAUGCUCGCAUGUCAUAUGCCAAAGGCAGCCUUCUUGGCACUGUGGUUGAUGACUUCUUUGACAAUGAAGAAUCUAUAGAGGAGCAUCAAGAUCUUAUUUCGUUGAUGGAGAAGUGGGAUGCAAAUUGGGAAAAGGAGACGCAUUCUGAACAAGUUAACAUCAUUUUUUCUGCUUUGUUCAACACAAUCAAUGAGCUUGGGACCAAGGCAUCAGUAUUGCAGAAGCGAGCUAUCACCCACCAUUUAGUUGAGGCAUGGCUUCGAUUGAUGAAUUCCAUGAUGAAAGAGGCAGAGUGGAAGAUAUCCAAGGAAGUUCCUUCAAUGGAUGAGUACAUGAAGAAUGGGUUUGUGUCCUUUGCCCUCGAACCAGUUAUUCUCCCAACACUCUAUUUCCUUGUUCCAGAACUUCCUGAAGCUGCCGUCAGAAAUACAGAAUACGAGAAUUUGUUCCGAUUAGUGAGCAUAUGCGGGCGUCUGCUGAAUGACAUGCAAAGCUUCCAAAGAGAAUGUGAAGAAGGGAAGGUGAAUGCCGUAUCACUACGCCUUCUCCACAGUGCCGGUUCAACGUCCGAAGAAGAAGCAAAGCAGCAGAUACGAGGGGAAAUAGAGUCCGCCAGGACCGAGCUCUUGAGAAUGGUGGUGCAACAAGAUGGAAGCGUCGUUCCCAGGCCUUGCAAGGAUCUCUUCUGGAAGACGUGCAAAAUACUGCACCUCUUCUACACGAACAAUGACGAGUUUACAUCGCCGAAAGAGAUAGUGAGGACAGUCCACGCAGUCAUUCAUGAACCCAUAAAAACCAAGCACAUAUAACAACAUUCUCGAGUAAAGAGCUCUUAAAGAGUGAAUAAAAAAAGUGUGGGAAAGUGAACAACAAAAUAAUUACUUUAGAAAUGAUCAGUAUUGUAGGCUGACAAGCCAUUUAUAUCGAUUAUUAAGAUGAUAUAUAAAAAUAUUAUGAUAAA